AGCAAUUUCUACACUUUCAUAACUUUGAUACCAUCGUUUAAGCCGAUGGUGGAACAUUAAAUUGAAAUAAAAUGCUCCUUUUUUGAUGCAAUAUUAAUUUUUUAUAUCAACUGAUGGAGAGUAGGAAUUAUUUUUCAGGUCAUAUUCUGAGAAUAUUGCAAAAGUUCCUGAUAGGAAUGUAAUGGUUUAUAAUGGUUAAAGUCUGUGAAACAGAGAUGAAGGUCUUUGUUUGGUUUAUUUUGAUGACACUUUCAAAACGAUCAUAUUUGUUAGAACCCAAUUUGACGAACUUGAUAUAUGAGGAGGAGAAUACUGGAUUAUACAAGAUCAGAAGCUACACAAUUCAUGAAACGGAUCUCAGAACAACUUUAUUAUGUCCAAAGAGUUAUUUCAUAUCAAAAAUCAGCUUUCAUUUUAGUGUUAAGAAAGGAAAUAGCAGUGCCACCUAUACACCAGUUCACAUAUUCAGCAUGAAGACAUUUGAGAAAAAUAUGAAGUUGGGUACAAAUGCAACUGAUGGUUUAAACAAGGAAGGAAGAUGUGAUACUCUUGAGCAAUGCAUUGGUUACCAAGCCUGUCUAUUUAGGUUUAGCAAUGAGUUCUGUAAAAAUGACCCAGUACCUAAUUAUCGCAAAACACUUCAACUGUCAAUUACAUGUGAACAGGAUCAACCUGAAGGAUUUGAAACCUGGAACAGAAAUGUACAAAUACGGAAUGAUUAUGAACAGGUUCCCGAUGUAAUAGAUCAUAUGGUCCAAAAGCGUUAUAAUGUAAUGUAUCUUCAAUACAAGACAAAACUUGAGGAAGGUCUAAGGAAUUAUGAAGACACCUACAUCAAAUCUGUUGAGACUAAAGAAGAAGAGGUAUUUGAUGUCAAGUGUACUGAUAUAGCGCAGUCCAGGUUUAUGGGGAAUUGUGGUGCCAUUCAAAGCACUACUGAGGACCUUGCUGGGCUGUCUAUGUGGACCACACUUGGAAGAACGCUAACUGCAGAGUGUCGCAAAGAGCAGCUUCAGAUAUAUUGUGCCUACCUACUGAACAGACAGGGACAAUGUCUACCACCUUUUUUAAUUAGAGAACAACCAUCCAGCUCAGAUGUUAAAAUCUCUAAAGAUUUAUUAAAUGAGAGAAGUAUGCCCCACAAUGGAGAUAGACCUGUGCUCACAAAUUUCAAGAAAGUAUAUGCAGAUCCUUACAUGGAGCUGAUACCUGCCAGAUUGGGGUUCUUCAUUCUCACACACAAAGCUCAAGAAUCAUUGAUGCAGCUUUUGGGGCAAAUAAUGAGACCUCAACAUUUCUAUGUUAUCCAUGUUGACCAAACCCAAGAUGCACUAAGAGAGUCUAUUGCAUUGAGUAUCAAGGACAAGUAUCCUGAUUGGAAUAAUAUCAGAAUAAUUCCUAAAUACAGGUCAUUCGCUGCCACAUGGGGCUCAUAUGAGAUCAUGCGUGCUCAGCUGGAAUGUAUUGAAGAGUUACUACGAAUGGGCAUAUGGGAUUUUGCAGUGAACCUCAGUGGACUAGAUUUGGCCAUAAGAAGUGUGGAUGACCUUAGUUUCACUUUGGCUCCAUUUAGAGGAAGAACAUUCAUGAGACUGAACAGACCAAUUGACUACACCAAAGAUAGGCCUGUUGUUAAUGUUUGGCAUAAGUGUGAUGGUCAUGUGUAUAACAUUACUUGGAGGGAGCCAAGGCAGGAAAAAAUAUAUAGUGCCUCUAACUGGGGAAUAUAUGCAAGGGAAUUCACAGAUUAUUUGGUCUCUCAGCAAAAGGAAGAAAAGAUGACAAAGUUCCAUUUCUUCCUGCAGACUUCAUUCAUUCCAGAUGAAACAUUCAUUCCAUCAAUACUACAGCAAUCAAAGUUUAACUCAACAUAUGCUCACGGAACAAUGCAUCACAUGAAUCACUUUGGUGGCAACAACAUCAACAAUCUGUGCAGGCAUUCAGAUGAUGUGGAUUACUGCGGAAAGGGCCCAGAGACAUUCAAACCAGAACACAUUCCUGACAUACAAGCGCAUUCACAUUGGUAUUUCUUUGCUCGGAAAUUCAGUGGUGAUUCAAAUGAUGCAACACGUCUUAGUGUGAUCAGCGAUUUGAACAGAGACACCUAUACCAAAGCAAUGUUGGAUAUAUUGACAGAUGAUUUGAUACAAUACAUGACAAACGCGAUGAUAGCAAAGCUCCAUUUAGAACAUAAAGAUUUCUCCCUUGUUAAGGUCAACUCUGUUAGAGUACUUCCUCGACCAAUAGGUGGCAAUCCAUGCUGUGAGGUUCCUCACCAGAGGGGGCUGCAGUCUGUACAUGAAUAUGCGUACUGGCUCGAGGCAGAAGUGGCUGUUGGGGAUGAUCUGAGGACUGCAAGGGGUCUGUUAGAGCCUUAUAUGGCUCAUAGAUGUUACCCUUUGGGUCACAUUAGAGCAAUACACCUCACAACUAGACAAAAUAAGCUGUCAAAAGGGAAACCAUCUCCAGACAAGAGAGAAUACCCCAUUCCCUAUGAUCCUGCUGGUGGAGAUAUUAUUUGGCUUACCUUGUACCUCAAUGUUGCUGAGACAUCACAAGUGUGCCAUGAUCAUUUCAAAAGAACCUUUGAA